UGCAGCGUGGAGUGCGAGCCGGGCAGGACGCGAGCGAGCCUCCCGCCUGGCCGCCCGGAGACCCGCAAGGAAUUGGCAGCCAUUGGAAGAGUCUGUGAAACCCUCUCGGUGCCCGGAGCUCCAGGACCAAUGCAUCUACCCAGCAUCUUCAGCCACUGAGUUGCCCAGGGUCCUGGUUGUGGAAGACGCGUCCUGCCCCCACCAUGAGCUCGGAGUGUGACAUGGCUGCCUCCAAGACCAUGCUGAACGGCCUGGCACCUGGCAGUGAUGGGCGAGACAAAGAAAUGGAUCCUACAAAAAUCUGCACCGGGAAGGGAGCCGUCACUCUCCGGGCCUCUUCUUCCAGCAGGGAAGUCCUGAGCAGCGGUCCCGUGAGCCCUCAAGAAACCCCACGACAUGAAAGCCAGCCAGGCGUGGAGCCGGAAAUUCCUUCAGGAGAUGAGUGCAGGCUGUCUUCCAGCGCUGAUGCCAAUGGGAACGCCCAGCCUUCUUCACUCGCUGCCAAGGGCUUCAGAAGCGUGCACCCCAACCUUUCUUCUGACAAGCCCCAGGGUUCCAGUCUGCUACUAAAUGAAGUGUCUUCGCACACUGGAAGUGACUCCCAGGCCUCCACACCAGUGAGCAAGCCCUCAUCCGCCUACCCCUCCACCACCAUCGUCAACCCUACAAUCGUGCUCUUGCAGCAUAACCGAGAACAGCAAAAACGACUCAGUAGCCUUCCAGAUCCUGUCUUGGAGAGAAGAGUGGGAGAACAGCCCUUGGCACCAGCCCCGGAAAAACCCACCUCACCUGUCCGGGCCACAGAGCCAAAGGCCAAGGAUGGCGGCAGGCGGGCAGUUCAGAGCGCACAGGACUUGAGUGACACAUCCAUGGAUGCAGUGGGCAUCCCACUUCGGAACACCGAGAGAUCAAAAGACUGGUACAAGACCAUGUUUAAACAGAUCCACAAACUGAACAGAGAUGAUGAUUCAGAUCUGUACUCUCCCCGGUACUCCUUUUCUGAAGAUACAAAGUCUUCCCUUUCUGUGCCUCGCUCAAAAAGCGAGAUGAGCUACAUUGACAGUGAGAAGGUAGUUAAGAGGUCGGCCACACUGCCCCUCCCAGCCCGUUCUUCCUCGCUGAAGUCAAGCCCAGAAAGAAACGACUGGGAGCCUCCAGAUAAGAAAGUGGAUACGAGAAAAUACCGUGCAGAGCCCAAAAGCAUUUAUGAGUAUCAGCCGGGCCGGUCUUCCGUUCUGAGCAACGAAAAGAUGAGUCGGGAUAUAAGCCCUGAAGAGAUAGAUUUAAAGAAUGAACCUUGGUAUAAAUUCUUUUCGGAAUUGGAGUUUGGGAAACCGCCUCCCAAAAAGAUAUGGGAUUAUACUCCUGGAGACUGCUCUAUCCUUCCUAGAGAGGAUAGAAAGACUAACCUAGACAGAGAUCUCAACCUCUGCCAAACAGAGUUAGAGGCAGAUGUAGAGAAAACGGAGACGCUUAACAAUGCUCCCGGCGCAGCCCGGCCGCAGAGCUCAGCAGUCAGCCCAAGUCUGGAAAUUUCCUCAGAGCCUCCUGGAUAUGUGUAUUCUUCCAACUUGCACGCAGUGAAGAGGGAAGCAGAAGGUGUUCCGGGGGAUCUCGCUAGCCUGGAGAACGAGAGGCAGAUUUAUAAGAGCGUCUUGGAAGGUGGCGACAUCCCUCUCCAGGGCCUCAGUGGGCUCAAGAGACCAUCCAGCUCGGCUUCCACAAAAGUGGAUCGUAAAGGUGGGAAUGCUCACAUGAUUUCUUCAUCUUCAGUUCAUAGCCGAACGUUUCACACUAGCAGUGUUGUAGGUCCCGGGUGUAAGCACAAGAAACCCCUGUCGGCUGCGAAAGCCUGCAUUUCGGAAAUCCUCCCUUCUAAGUUCAAGCCCAGGCUGUCUGCACCCGGUGCCCUUCUGGCAGAACAGAAGAGAGUGCUGCUGCCCUCAGAGAAGGCCCAAAGCUGCGAGAACCUCUGUGUCUCAGGGUCCCUGGGUGACUCCAGGAGAGGUCUCCCGCUCCAAGUUGGGGGGAGCAUCGAGAACCUGCUGAUGCGCUCACGGCCCGAAUUCGACAGCAGAUCAGGCAGCACCAUGAGCCUGCAGGAGUACGGCACCAGCUGCAGGAGGCCCUGCCCUCUCUCCAGGAAGGCCGGCCUGCAGUUCAGCAUGCUGUACCGCGACAUGCACCAGAUCAACCGAGCGGGCCUUUCCCUGAGUUCCGUCUCGUCCUCGAGUGUGAGAGACCUGGCCUCCCACUUUGAGCGGAGCAACCUGAUGCUGUCCCGGGGCGAGCUGGGCUCCAGCCAGGAGGGCUCGGAACACAUCCCCAAGCACACCGUCUCCUCCAGAAUCACCGCUUUCGAGCAGCUGAUCCAGCGAUCCCGGUCCAUGCCAUCCCUGGACUGGUCUGGCAGGCUGAGCAAGUCCCCCACACCCCUGCUGUCCCGGAGCGGCCUGACCUCUGCUCGCUCGGCCGAGUCCCUCCUUGAGUCCACCAAGCUCCGUCUCAGGCCUGUGGAUGGGGUGCCCACUGGUGGACUUUACGCCUCCCCUACAUGCAGCAACAUGGCGGACCACAGCUUGAGCUUUAGGGGCCUCGUGCCUUCAGAGCCCCUCUCGACCUGCUCUGAUGAGCUCGACCGCUGCUCCAAUGUCUCCAGUGACAGCAGAGAGGGCAGUGGCGGCAGCGUUCAUGGAGACCUCCCCAGACACCGCCUCAACAAGUGCAAGGGCACAUGCCCUGCCUCCUACACCCGCUUCACUACCAUCCGCAAGCAUGAGCAGCAGCAGGCUCCCAAGCAGCCCGAGUGGCGCCUGGAGUCCAAAGGGGACAAGGGCACCCUGCUCAGGAACAUCUAUCUGAUGAGCCCUCUCCCUUUCCGGUUGAAAAAGCCCCUCCAGCACUCCCCCAGACAGCCUCACCCUGGCGACUCCUCCUUGGGCCUCCCUGGUCAACCCCAGCCGGACCAGCCGCCCUCCGGAGGGAAGCCAUUGGUCCCCACACGCCUGUCUUCCCGCCACGCCAUGGCCAGGCUGAGCUGCAGCUCAGAGCCCGUUGCUGGGGAGAGACCUGCGACCCCCGAGGAUGGCCCCGGGGCCUUUAGUAACGGGAAUCCCAUGCCGUACUCUGACCACGGCCUGGACAGGAACAACAACCCACAAAGCGAAGGGGCGCCGGCGCGUGGAGAUUCGGAGUCACCAAGACACUUCAUCCCAGCCGAUUACCUGGAAUCCACAGAGGAAUUCAUCCGCAGACGUCACGACGACAAGGAGAAACUUUUAGCGGACCAGCGACGACUUAAGCGCGAGCAAGAAGAGGCUGAUAUCGCAGCGCGCCGCCACACAGGCGUCAUCCCCACACACCAUCAGUUUAUCACUAACGAGCGCUUUGGGGACCUCCUCAAUAUAGACGAUACUGCAAAACGGAAAUCUGGGUCAGAGAUGAGACCUGCCAGAGCCAAAUUUGACUUUAAAGCUCAGACGCUAAAGGAGCUUCCUCUGCAAAAGGGGGACAUCGUUUACAUUUAUAAGCAGAUCGACCAGAACUGGUACGAAGGGGAGCACCACGGCCGGGUGGGCAUCUUCCCACGCACCUACAUCGAGCUCCUUCCUCCUGCGGAGAAGGCUCAGCCGAAGAAGUUGACACCAGUGCAGGUGUUGGAAUAUGGGGAAGCUGUUGCAAAGUUUAACUUUAAUGGUGACACACAAGUGGAAAUGUCUUUCAGAAAGGGCGAGAGGAUCACACUGCUUCGACAGGUGGAUGAGAACUGGUAUGAAGGGAGGAUCCCUGGGACGUCCCGACAGGGCAUCUUCCCCAUCACGUACGUGGAUGUGAUCAAACGACCGCUGGUGAAAACCCCCGUGGAUUACAUUGACCUGCCUUACUCCUCCUCCCCAAGUCGCAGUGCCACUGCAAGCCCACAGUUUCCUAGUCACAGCAAGCUCAUCCUGCCAGCCCCCUCAUCUCUGCCCCACUCCCGCCGAGCUCUGUCCCCUGAGAUGCACGCCAUCACCUCGGAGUGGAUCUCGCUGACUGUAGGGGUCCCAGGCAGACGUUCUCUGGCGCUGACCCCACCCUUGCCACCUCUGCCUGAGGCUUCUGUCUAUUACCCUGACCACCUGACCUUGUCAGCCAGGGCUCGUCCCUCCCUGGCUCUCAGCCUCCCCCAUUCAAGCUGGUCAGAUGGCUCUACUACACGCUCCACGGUCUCCCCGCUGGCUCUGCCACCCCCUGACAAGGCCUAUUCCCUGGCAUCCAGUGCCCGGGCCCCACUUCACAUCAAUGGAGACAGUGGAGUUCACAUGGAGCCUCCUGGCACCCGCCAAGAUAGCUUCUCUCAGUCGCUGCUUGGGAGCUCUGAUAGGGUCAUCUCGGAGCUUAGCGAUGCAUUUAACAGCCAGAGCAAGAGGCAACCAUGGCGAGAAGAGAAUGGCCACUAUGAGAGGAAAGCAGAGAGGGAGGCGGGGGAGAGAUACCCUGGUGGACUCGCCAUCUCUAAGAAGAGCUGCUUGAAGCCUUCAGACGUGGUCAGGUGCCUGAGUGCUGAACAGAGACUCCCCGAUCUCCACCUCCCUGAGGAGAGCCGGCCCAGGAAGCCUCUGGACAGCCCUCUUCCAGUAGGGGAGGCUGGGCAGCCAGAGCUGCAUAGAGGUGGCCAGCAGGCUGGGAGGAGAGCCGCUCAGCGUGCUGUGAGCCAGCAACCUCAAGCCCAGCAACGAAGAGUCACUCCAGACAGGAGUCAAACCCCACAAGAAUCAUUUAGCUACCAAGCAUUAUAUAGCUAUAUACCACAGAAUGAUGAUGAGUUGGAACUCCGUGAUGGAGAUAUCGUUGAUGUCAUGGAAAAAUGUGACGACGGCUGGUUUGUUGGCACUUCGAGAAGGACAAGGCAGUUUGGUACCUUCCCAGGCAACUAUGUGAAACCUUUGUAUCUAUAAGAAGACUGAAAGCCACAGAAAUUAUUUUCCUUGGAAGAUGAAAUCAAAGUCAUGACUGGUCUCUUUAUUUAAACUUGAGUACAGUGGGAAAAUCAAUGCAGUGGAUGAAGAAACAAAAGUGAGAGACAGAAAAGUGUCUUGUUUAAAAUCCAUGCUUAAGUUUACUGUGCAUCAGACAGGGCUGAACUGUGCUCUGGGCAAAAAGAAUUGAGGCAGAUCCCGUAUUUUCAUACCUGCUUCUGGGAGCCACUCCAGCCUUUACCUCCCACCCACCUCCUGCGUAAUCUGAGUGGAGUAGAGUGCAAUUAGCCAGAAAUGCCUCCUCCUGCUAACAUGGCCUUAACUGGCUCCCUUGUCAGAGUCCUUGAGCCUGAAGCAAGCCCCAGAGCAGGAGGCAGAAAAAUCCCAAGCCAUUUUCCAAAUGCUCCAAGCCUGAGUAUCUACCUGUUCCCUCAUCCCUUGGAUGUCCUGGAGCCAGCUGAUCCCUCAUGCUUAUGUCUGGGCUGUCAAGGCAGUCCCCAGACCACAGUAGGGGCCCCAAGUUUGUACCACAUUUAGUCCCUCUUUGGACCUGCUGGGGCUUCCAUAGGGAGAUAGAGGCAGGAUAUAGGCGGCCUUUGCCUUCAGCUUGCUGUGCUCCAUGGCCACUGACAGCCCUACUGCUCAAAGAAGCCCACGACAGUUGCCCCUGGGACCUGAGGUGUAGGUGGCCAGGCAAACAGGUUACAUUACAGUUUUCAAGCUUUCAAGUUGAGGAGUCCUGCAGCUCUCCAGGUCCCGGGAGGUGCAUUCCUUUUUUCUGUCACUAGUUUCUCAAAACAGUGGUCUUCCAGAUAGUAUGGCUGUGGUCAUCAGAGCACCAUCUCUUUUCUGGCUGAGACCAUUUGGGAUUGGGAGGCCCAUUGUUCUAGAAAAUCCAGAAUGAGGUUCAGCGAUUCAUUUAAUGUGCACAUGUACGCUGGCUGCAUAGCACACUUGUGAACAAGACGUGCUCCAGGCUGACAGAGCACUUGCCACAUCUCUGGUUUACCAUCUGCCCCACCUCCCGUAGGAAUUCAGAGACAACUCCAGUGCAGUGUUCAGGGUUGUGAGUCCUAAAGCACCCCAGUGUGGCUUCUUUCAGGAGUGCAGGCAUUGUCACAGUGGCCCUGGGUGUGAAGCAGGAAUUCUCUGUUUGCCAUGGGGGCUGGGUCCCAGGAAAGAGGCCCUUGUGACACCUGAGGAUCUUAGUUGCAGCCCUGACCGCCUGUGAGAUGUUCAUCAGCCUCUGCUAGCUCCCUUAGUGAGUCACUGCGAGUUCCACGCCUUGCCCACCAAGAAGUCGGUGAUUAGAGAGAUAAAGAACAGAACCAAGAGGGACCGUGCUACGUGCUCAGAAGGGUGUGAGAGAGAAGAGGUGGAUUUUCUCUGGAGGGAUCCUUGAAAGCCUUGUAUUUCUGUCUCCAUUUGUUCACUCUGAAUAAUUAGGAUGCUGGAAGAACCUUUGUCUGAGAGUAGUUUGUUGUUGGAAAUACUUGAAAGUUUUUCCUAAGUCUCCAAACUCACAUUCUCCCUAUGGAGACAUAGUGAGUGAGUAGCCAUUCUAGGUGAUGGGAAUAUGUUCCAGAAGCACCAGCUGCACACACGUAGUUCUGGAUUGCCCCAGCACUGCUGUCCCACAGUCUGAACACUUUGUGUUCAGUGCCUCUGGCUUAACCACUGUCUCAAAUACCCAUUUUAGGACCCCAGCUGCUCCCCUUCCCUGUAGCCACAGUAACCUCACUUUGUUUCUCUUUACCCUUCUUUCAAAUUCUGCUGGCCACUGAUUGGUUCACACUAAAGUGUAAAUGGCUGAUAAAAACAAUGUGUUACCUCUUUCUGGAGACAGGGCGGAGCCUUAGUCCCAAUGGGGAAAGGUUGUGUCUCUGAGGGGGUAGUGUGUGGGCACAUCUCUGGGUAGGAUGCAGUGACACAGGCCUCUUACUUUGGAAGGUCUAUUCUACCACCCAGAAAGACUGUUUUGUGACUCCUCUUUCCAUGGGGAUGUAAAAUGCACGUGCACCUGUGCUGUGCACAGUGGCCUUUCUGACACAUCUGGGAACGUGAUGCUUGUAUCAUCAAAUGUUUCCUGGCCCUUCUUAGAUGCAAACCAUUUAUAACACAACCUUACCGGUUUUUUGAGGGGUGCUUCUUCGUUAAGUAGGUAAUUUUGAACACCUCUUUAAAUACAGCUAGAAAAUGAAACCAAUUUGUAAAGCCACAUUUGCAUAUGAUGCCAGCCUCAUGCAUUUGUAUAUCUUCUGGAGUCUAGAUCUGCCUCACUGAUUGGCCCUUCUUUAAUAAAAUCCUCCGUUAAGUUUGCAUCACUUCAGCUUCCUAUGCGUGACAAAACAAGGAACAGAGGUUUCCAAUUGCUCUUUUGUCUUCAGACAUUUAGUAAUAUAAAGUACCUAUUUUUAUGCUGAAAUGUUUAUACAGGUUUAAUAAUAGCAAGUGCAACUAACUGGCGCCUGCCUUGCAACAUGUUUUGAUAUAUUAGCCAUGCUUCCUGGUAAGGCAAGCCCCAAAUUACUUAUCUUUUGCAGUCUCUCUGGGAUCAGUGAAAGAAAAAAAAAAUCAUGUGUUUUAAGAAAUGGGACUGUAAAUAUGUAUAUUGAACUUUGUAUAGCCCAUGUACCUACCUUGUAUAGAAAAAUUUUAAAAAUUUGAACAGAAGGGGGCAAGACAAGGAAAUCAUGAAGGGUUUUUUGCAUUUUUAUUUAAAUGAAGGAAUUAAAAUAACUUACCUGCAAAUUUUUAGCACAAAAGUAGCCAUUGUAAAGUUAAAGUUUACAAUAAGCAUUCUUUUGGGGUAGCUGUAUUUGCAGUUACAAGAAGGCUUCUCUAAAUUUUCUGGUUUUUUGUUUGUUUCUUUUUUUCUUUCUUUCCUUCUUUCUUUCUUUUUGCAAUCCUAUUUAUCUGCAGUAGUAUUAAGUUAUAUCACUAGAAUAGGUUACUAUGAGAUUAUAUUCUGAAAGAAAGAUAACUGACAUUAAUUACCAAUUAAUUUAAACUAUUGCCAUUUAAAUUAUACACUGAGAGCAUGUACUAUGCGAACACAAAUUUUUUCUGUUCAUUUAUUUUUCUUAUUGCAGUGCAUUGAUUUGAUAAAUAGAUGUGUUGGAUUCUGACAUUUGCUGUACAUACUAUUUAAUAAACUCUGCUGAAUUGCGUGG